CGGGAAGUUUUGUCAGCACUGAAUUUUUUUAGGGGGUUGCUCAAGGCGGAGUGAAGGGUUUGGGAAAGUUGGUGCUCGUGAAAAGGCAAUGGUCGCUGAGAAGCUCCUUGCAGCAAAUGAAAGGGAUCGCUUGUUUCCUCAAAUCCACGUGUCUUUAGUCCAUUUGCGCCCCCUAUAUUCUGCUACCAGCUCCUGAGGAGGAACUUGAAACUACAACCCGGUGCAUUCUGGGCCCAAGCAAUGACGACGGGAGCGAAACGCUGCAUGCGUUUCGCCUGAAUCCCUCGCCUUUUUUACCGGCUGGAUUACAAGGAAACCCGCAUUUCAUCUUUAGCGGUUCAACAAAUAGGAAAUAUGACUGAGUGGCAGAGGAAAACGCCUUUGGAAUGGCUGACUUAUGUGAAUAAAGAAAUUGAAGUUCUGGCUGCUGAGAAACAGAAUUAUAAAGGAUGGGUUUUAACAGUCGAUCCAGUGUCUGCCAACAUUCUUCUGGCAAAUCCCCUUGAGAAUGGAAAAGUGUCUGUUUCAGGCAUCUUGGGGCAUGCAGUGCAAGAGGUGAAGAUAUUGUCCGAAGCUUCUGAUGCUAUGAAAGAGAAACUUGCCCACCUAUUCAUGCCUGGAGAAAGCCAAACCUACAGUCAAGAGGAGCUGGAGGACAAGAAAAGCAGCUUGAAGAACUGGUUGGAGAAAAACCAUAUUCCUGUAAGGGAGCAAGGAGAGUCACAAAGCACACUCUGUGUUGCAGGCGUGUUGACUAUUGACCCACCGUAUGGACCAGAGGAUUGCAAUAGUUCCAAUGAAAUAAUUUUGUCUCGAGUUCAAGGAUUGAUACAAAGUUAUCUUGGCCUUCAGCAAUGACAGAGUUGAAGAAUUGGGAUGAAGUUAUGCUAACCUUCCCCAACCUAAUGCCUUCUACACAGACUACAAAACUCACAUUGGCCGGGGAUUGAUUUGAGUUGUAGUCCAAAUAUUUAGAGGGCUUCUAGUUAUAUCAGAAGGCCGAUCUAUAAAAUACCUGUUGAAUUUCCCCUUAAUUUAGGCAUUUUGUGUUCCUAAGUGCUAUCAGAAAGUCACAGUCAAAACUGAAUGGUUUUUCUGGAUUUGUUUUGUGAAGAAAUGGCAAAUGUAACAAAUCUGUACUAUAUAUAUUUUUAUAUGAAAAUAAGCAUUGACGUUA